CGACUCUAUCUUCAUACCCAGUACUUAUCGCCUUAUACUUCUAUGAUUCGGGUUGCAAGACACCCACCGAAGUCUGAUAACCAGUAGAAUUCCACAGUUUACCACCGUCUGCACAGUCGUCUGCGCGUAGGGCUUGCGCUCCUUUGGACAUACAAUCAUACAAAGUGUUUGAUAGUCCGGCGGGUUUCGUGCUCGCAGAAAUACUUAAAAUCAUUUACUUAUCAAGCUAAUUUUUUAUUUCUAUUGUAAAAAUACACCCAAAAUAUCUGUAAGAAUGGCGACAAAACCAUUGUACAAAGUUGCGGAUAUUUCGCUGGCGGAAUGGGGAAGGAAGGAGAUAAUGCUAGCCGAAAAUGAAAUGCCUGGACUCAUGGCCAUCCGCCGUAAAUACGGACCAUCCAAGGUGCUCAAAGGUGCGAGGAUUGCCGGAUGCCUUCACAUGACUGUACAAACAGCAGUGCUAAUCGAAACACUGACUGAGCUUGGCGCAGAGGUACAAUGGUCCUCGUGCAACAUUUUCAGCACACAGGAUCAUGCAGCAGCAGCUAUAGCAAAGACUGGCGUGCCAGUUUAUGCAUGGAAAGGUGAAACGGAUGAAGAAUACAUGUGGUGUAUAGAACAAACCCUGGUAUUCAAAGAUGGAAAGCCUUUGAAUCUGAUCCUAGACGAUGGAGGAGAUCUGACCAAUCUCGUGCACACCAAGUUCCCUGAAUAUCUGAAAGACUGCCUUGGCAUCUCGGAAGAAACGACAACUGGUGUUCACAAUCUUUACCGCAUGCUUAAAGACGGAAAACUCAAAGUACCUGCGAUAAAUGUCAACGACUCUGUUACAAAGAGUAAAUUCGACAACUUGUACGGAUGCAGGGAGUCUCUAAUCGAUGGAAUCAAGAGAGCAACCGAUGUUAUGUUGGCUGGAAAAGUGUGCGUAGUUGCAGGUUAUGGUGACGUUGGUAAGGGGUGCGCACAAAGUUUACGAGCUCUUGGAGGUCGAGUUAUAAUAACAGAAAUUGAUCCCAUCAAUGCCUUACAAGCGGCAAUGGAAGGCUAUGAGGUCACAACUAUGAAUGAAGCUUCGAAAAAGGGACAGAUAUAUGUGACUACAACCGGAUGCAAAGAUAUCAUUCUAGGAGAACACUUUUUGAAUAUGCCCGAAGAUGCUAUUGUUUGCAAUAUUGGGCAUUUCGAUUGCGAGAUCCAGGUCGCUUGGCUGGAAAAAAACGCGAAAUCAAAAGUAAACAUCAAGCCCCAGGUCGAUCGUUACGAACUGAGCACUGGCAGGCAUGUCAUUCUCCUUGCGGAGGGUCGACUAGUCAAUUUGGGUUGCGCGACAGGGCAUUCGAGUUUCGUAAUGAGUACCUCAUUCACAAAUCAAGUCCUAGCCCAGAUAGAGCUCUGGACAAAGUCUACCUCGUAUCCAAUCGGUGUCCACAUGUUGCCAAAGAAACUCGACGAAGAAGUCGCCGCCCUGCAUCUCGACCACCUGGGCGUGAAGUUGACUAAACUCACUACCGACCAGUCCAAGUAUCUCGACAUCCCCGUCGAUGGCCCAUACAAAUCCGACCAUUACAGAUACUGAAGCGCGAAGGGAUGAGAAAGAAGAAAACGGCGAGUCGGAAGAUGAAAAGUGCGGAUUUUGAUCUGAAACAAACUAUAGGAGUGUCUUGGAUUGACUGAGGGCGACUAAAUAAACGAGCGAUUCAAAUA